AUGGUGUUUGUGAAGUCUGUUGAUACAUCAGAUUUAGUCAAAGAUGCCAAAACUCUAUUUACUCUAUUCUGUGAAGUCAUUGAGUGGGUUGGUCCUAAGAACAUUGUCCAUGUAGUGACUGACAAUGCAGCCAAUUAUGUAGCAUGUGGUAGGCUGAUUAAGGAAAAGUAUAAAAAUAUUUAUUGGUCGCCUUGUGCUGCUCAUUGUUUGAAUCUUGUAUUGAAAGACUUUUCCAGCAUGCCUCAUGUGUCAGACCUUGCUUCAAAAGCCUCAAAGAUAACAAUUUUUGCAUACAACCAUAUGGUUUUCCUAUCAUGGUUGAGGAAAAGAUCGAGUUGGAAAGAAAUUGUACGUCCUGGUGCCACAAGAUUUGCUACUACAUUUAUUACGUUGCAUAGUAUAUAUAUGCACAAAAAUAACUUGCAAGCUCUAGUUGUUGAUAAGCAUUUUGUGGAUCACAAAUUAUCCAGGACUGAGGCAGGAAAAAAUUUUAGUGCCCUCAUAUUAGAUAAUCGGUUUUGGAAUGAUUGUUAUCAAGUUGUGAAGAUUGUGUCGCCUCUCAUAAAGUUGUUGAGAAUUGUGGAUUCAGAUGAGAAGCCUUCAUUGCCUUAUGUUUAUGAAGGCAUGCGAAGGGCAAAAGUGGCGAUUAAAGAGAUGUUUAAAAGGAACAAGGAGUUGUAUAAGCCCUACACAAGCAUCAUUCAAGCUCGAUGGGACAGGCAUUUGAAGACUAAUCUUCAUGCAACAUCAUAUUUGUUGAAUUCUACAAUCAUAUAUGAUCCAGACUGUCCUAGUAAGUCAAAGUUAAUGAUGGCGUUGAUUGAUGUGGAGUCUUACUCAGAUGAAGAUGUUGAUGGUUUUCUGGUAAUGAAACAAGCAACUACUUAUCGUGAAGGCAAGGAAUCUUUUAGUAGACCCUCAUGUCAAAAAGCUGCACAAAAAUUAGACCCUUAUGAAUGGUGGACAUAUUAUGGUUGUUCAGUUCCAGAAUUGCAGCGUGUUGCAAUGCGUAUUCUUAGUCAAACUUCUGCUUCUUCUGGUUGUGAGAGGAAUUGGAGUUUGUUUGAAAGAAUUCAUACAAAAAGAAGAAACAGAUUGGAACAUAAGAGGUUGAAUGAUUUGGUGUUCACAAACUACAAUCUGCGGUUGAAGCAUAAGAGUACAUUGAAGAAGAAGAAAAGUUAUGAUCCAAUUGACUAUGAAAAUAUUGACAUGGUGGACUUUUGGGUGACUGAAGAAGAUCCCACUCCAGAGUUUGAUGAUAGAGAUGUGGCUACACUUGAAAGUGUCAUUAACAAUGAAAGCAUUGCAAAUUCAACAACUCUUGAGAGGGAUAAUGAAGAUUUAUAUAUAUAA